UUGGCUGGAAGAUCCAUGACGUGGUGGCCAAUUGGAGCAUCUUUGAUGUCAAGCAAUGUGGGAAGUGGCUUAUUUAUUGGACUAGCAGGCACCGGAGCUGCAGGAGGCCUUGCUGUUGGAGGCUUUGAGUGGAACGCCACCUGGGCACUGUUGGUCCUCGGCUGGAUCUUUGUGCCAGUUUACAUCUCUGCAGGAGUGGUCACGAUGCCCGAAUAUCUGAGAAAAAGAUUUGGAGGACAGAGGAUUCAAAUCUACCUGUCUGUACUGUCCCUUAUUCUGUAUAUAUUCACCAAAAUAUCCACAGACAUUUUCUCUGGUGCACUUUUUAUCCAAGUCUCUCUGGGUUGGAAUCUUUAUCUCUCUACAGUGAUCCUGCUAGCAGUGACAGCUGUCUACACUAUUGCUGGCGGUUUAACUGCAGUGAUAUACACAGAUGCUCUGCAGACUGUGAUCAUGGUGGCUGGAGCCUUGGCCCUUAUGUUUAUAGGUUUUGAUAAAGUUGGAUGGUAUGAAGGACUGCAAGAGAAGUACAGCAAAGCAAUCCCCAGUGUCAUUGUCCCAAACACCACAUGCCACUUGCCACGGCAAGAUGCUUUCCACAUGCUGAGGGAUCCCAUCACUGGGGAUAUUCCAUGGCCUGGGCUUAUAUUUGGCCUCUCCGUGCUUGCUCUUUGGUGCUGGUGCACUGAUCAGGUGAUUGUGCAAAGGUCGCUCUCGGCAAAGAGCCUCUCUCAUGCUAAAGGUGGAUCGGUGUUCGGCGGAUAUUUGAAAAUCUUCCCAAUGUUUUUCAUUGUUAUGCCAGGCAUGAUGAGCAGAGCUCUUUUUCCAGAUGAUGUGGGCUGUGUAGACCCAGCUAUUUGUGAAAAAGUCUGUGGAGCUAAAGUGGGGUGUUCCAAUAUUGCCUACCCUAAGCUGGUUAUGGAGCUCAUGCCUGUUGGACUCCGUGGUUUGAUGAUAGCUGUGAUCAUGGCUGCCUUGAUGAGCUCUCUCACCUCCAUCUUCAACAGCAGCAGCACACUCUUUGCCAUUGAUAUUUGGCAGCGACUCCGUAAGAAGGCCACAGAGCAGGAACUCAUGAUUGUUGGAAGGGUGUUUGUUCUGAUUCUGGUUGUCAUUAGCAUCCUCUGGAUUCCCAUCAUCCAGACAGCAAACAGUGGUCAGCUCUUUGACUACAUUCAGUCAAUAACCAGUUACCUAGCGCCACCCAUCACUGCACUCUUCAUCCUAGCAAUCUUCUGCAAAAGGAUCAAUGAGCCAGGAGCGUUCUGGGGCCUGAUCUUUGGGCUAGUCGUUGGUUUCAUUCGGAUGGUUCUGGAGUUUACCUACGUGGUGCCAUCCUGUGGUGAGGAAGACCAAAGGCCAGCUGUGUUGAAAGAUGUGCACUACCUGUAUUUUGCGAUCAUCUUGUGUGUACUCACAGCCGUUGUCAUUGUCUCCAUUAGUCUCUGCACACCACCAAUCCCAGAAGAAAAUCUUGCCCGAUUAACAUGGUGGACCAGACACAGCAAAACACCAGGAAAAGACCUGGAGAACCAAACCCACCAAAGCACAGAAACGACUUCCACGGGAGAAAAUGUUUUGGAUACUACGCAAUCAGAAAAUGGAGAUUUGGUACAUAAUGAACAUGGAGGUAUGUUGCCUGUCUUCUUCUACUAGAUGUAUACAUUUGUAUACUUAUAUACAUAGAAGUAAUGUCUCAGGGUCUGUUAAAACAAUGACAAAUGUCUUCUAACAUAACUGAUCUGGAAUGAGUGGAAAACUCACUCCAGUUCACAUAAACUCACUCCAGUUUCUAUCUGUUUGGCACAGGGUUUAAGCCAAAGUAGACUAGACAUAGUAAAUACCUCUGUAUUGUCUCCUGAUAACAGGCAGUCAUUUGAUGCUACAGAGUUUUGAAUAGUAAUGGCACAGGGAGGGACCUCAUAGCCCUUUCCCCUCCAGCCUUUUUUCAAAAUAUCACCCCCAGCUUCUUCUCUCACCGGAACACUAUGGAUGGCCAUCACUUCUAUUUGCUGGUUGGGAAAGCAUUCUGGGGGCAAUUUUGAACAGAAAAAAUGCCCUCGC